GCGCCCUCUCGCGGCGGCGCGCGCGCAGCGAUGGCGGCGGCCGCGGAGCAGGGCGGCUGCUCCGUGUACUUCUGCGGGAGCAUCCGCGGCGGGCGCGAGGACCAGGCGCUGUACGCGCGGAUCGUAUCGCGGCUGCGGCGCUAUGGGAAGGUGCUCACUGAGCACGUGGCUGCUGCAGAGCUGGACUCGCGCGGGGAAGCUGCUGGGGGCGACCGGCUCAUCCAUGAGCAAGACCUGGCCUGGCUGCGGCAGGCAGAUGUGGUCGUGGCCGAGGUGACACAGCCCUCCUUGGGUGUUGGCUAUGAACUGGGCUGGGCAGUGGCUCUUGGUAAGCAAAUCCUAUGCUUGUUCCGACCGCAGUCUGGCCGAGUACUUUCUGCCAUGAUCCGGGGAGCAGCAGAUGGCUCGAGGAUCCAGGUGUGGGACUACACAGAAGGAGAGGUGGACGACAUGCUGGAUCGGUACUUUGAGACUUAUCCUCCUGAGGGCAAAGCUCCCUCCAGUAACCCAAGUACCUGACCUAACCCUACUUUAUUAAAAAAUAAAUAAAUAAAUAAGGUUUUUUAUGUG